AAAAACAAAAAGUACAAAUUCAUAUUUAUCUUUAUAUUUUUUAUUUUUGAGAAAGAAUACGAAAGCAGUGUGAUUAAAAUCAAGAAAGAAAAAGUGCAUUCGUGUCACUUAAAAAGCCAAUACACUUGUAAAAAAACAACCAACAAUUGUAUACAAUAAAACSAGAGAGCGCAUAUUUAUAUAUAUGUACAUAUGGUCUCCAAAAACAACUCCACAGAAAACUGGCUGUGAAUAGAAAAAAUCGAAAAAUAAUCAUAAAGAGAUCAACAGUAAGAAAGGAGAAAACUUUAAGAUAUUUAGAAGACGAAAAAUGGCUGACGAACAACCAAAUCUUGUUGCUGGACAUCCACCAGCAGUUAAAGCGGGUGGCAUGCGCAUUGUACAACACAAAGCUCCCGCAGCUGAGCGUCCAGCUAAGGAUGCAGAAGAUUGUACCGGAUUGACGCAACCAGUUGCUGUUAAUAGUGGCGUAGUGAGUGGCGCUCCAGUUAAAGGAAAUAUAGAUUAUACACCACAGGCAGCACAGGUCGCACACUCGCCCAAGCCACCGGCGUUUGUCGCACAAAAACCUCAAAUCAACAUUCAGCAACCCCGUAAAUGAGUGUACGCCACACGUUCCAGCCGUUCAAACCUACAGCAAUGACAACAACAACAACAACAACAACAACAAUAACAUAAUCAGCAGCAAAAUAACAAAUUCAACCAUUGCAAUAAUAUAAAAAAAAUCAUUCCAUUUUAAAUAACCAACAGAAGAUAAAGCGUAUUUGAGUAGGGGAACGGCAGAAAAAGGAUAUAAGGAAAUAUAAGAAGUCCUAAAUUUAUACAUACAUACGUAUGCUUAAAAGAUUAAAACAUUUGUGAAAUAUGUACUCAUCCAUAUGAAAUUUGUAAACAUUCGUUAGAAUUUAUAUAAAGCUUAUAAUAUUAUUGAAAUUUAAAAUUAUAACUUCAAAUUGCCACGAAUUUAUGCUCAUACAUAUGUAUGUAUUAUUUCACGCACUUUGCUUCCAAAUAUGCACUAUUUAAUUGUAACACUAUAAUUGUCAUAAUAUGUUGUACCAGAUAAUAAAUUUAUCUUUGCUUGUACUUCAAUGCUUUGAAUUGUAAACACUAUCAAAUAGUGGCAUAUUUAUUGUAA